CGCCUUUCGACCGCUGAUAUUUUGAAAGUGUUUUUUUUUCCGCGCUCUCCCCUUUAAGCAAACACAAUCCACCGCGGGUGACCUACAGAACGCGGUCGUUCCGUGCUACUAAACCCUAACAAUAUCGUCACUCGAAGGGUUUCGCUGAUAAUCGGUCUAGGAAUGUGCCCUUGAUUUACAUAGAAGGUGGUGCAACUGAAUAUGUUGAUUCAAUGACGAAGGAGAAUCAUACUAGACAAAGUACUGUUAGAGAUUCUCGCGAAGGUAGAAACGGCUCUGAAAAUCUCCCCAAAGUGAAUUGGUUGCAGCACGCGAAUGCCCUGGAAAAUUUCACGUCCCAGAAUAAGUUCUUGAGUUCAAAUUUUCUGUACUCUUUAGAAACACAGAAACCCACCAUGGGUGCAGUGGUAAUUUCUCCCCAAAUUCAGGAUCCUCAAAGAUUGCAUAAUGAGAAGGUUACAGAGCAGUUAUCACAGGCUUGGCACAUUCUAUCCAAUCUUCAGAUUUCUUCUAAGGGCUACAUUAGACCUGGACGAUAUCUACCCUUUAUGACUGAUACUCAUAAUUCCAAGCAGGAUUCCAGAAGAUCUUCCAUACAAAACUCAUCUAUCAGUGACACCAAUUACAAAAUGAGUGAAUUUACAAGGGGCACUGGCCAGUUUCUGCCUAAUAUUGUUACAGUUUCGGAAGCUGGAGACUGUCCAGCGGGGCAGAGUAGAAUGAGUGCAUCGAUGGCUAAUGGUACUAAUGCUGAAUUUCUUGCUGGAUCUGUCAGCAAGCACAUAGCGAAAGGUAGUCACAUGGAAGACUCUGCACACAUCUUGGAUGAGAACAUGGAUGAUGAUGACAUACUCAAGACUAUUGAUGUGGACCAAAUAGUUAUGGAACACUAUCAAUCAAAUUGCACGCCCCAACCAUCAAAUUCUAGGUUUCCUCCCAUCACUCCCUCUGUAGACAACACUUUUUCUAGGCAAGCAGAGACUUCUUUGCCAGCCGAAUUGUCAACAACCUGCAGUCAUGGAUUAAAGACAGGACUUUGUCCAGAAGCUGGGGGUCAUUUGCAGGAAAUUAAGGACAUGCUAAUUGCCAUUUCAAAUGAACUACUAGACAAUGCAACCAACCUGACCUCAGAACAAUUGGAGAAGCUUCGUCAUGAAAGGCUACAGCUGAAAAAGAAAAUUCAGCUGCUUGAGAAGCAUCUUUCCAAUGACGAGAGGCAAAAGUCACAUUUUGCUGCAAGCACAGCAAAUUACACACCUCAAGGAUCUACUUUUAGGAUAGAACCCAUGAGAUUUGAUGCUUUUGUUAAUUCACAAAAUGAGCGGGGUGGGUAUGAAGACCGCAAUUCGUCAUCAGUUUCAUUCUCUUAUGUUGAUGGAUUUGGUGCUUCAUCAUGUCCAAUUGACAGGGAUCAACACAUUCCUAAAUUACUGGAAGUCAAUUACAUUGAAGGUGUAAAUGACCCUAAAUGGAGUAGCACUAUUUUCCCCUGGACGAAAAAACUGGAGGCCAAGAACAAGGAAGUGUUUGGAAACCAUUCAUUCCGCCCUAAUCAAAGAGAAGUAAUAAAUGCUACAAUGAGUGGACAUGAUGUUUUUGUUUUGAUGCCCACUGGAGGUGGAAAGAGCCUAACUUAUCAGCUCCCAGCUCUUAUUUGUCCAGGAAUAACGUUGGUCAUUUCUCCUCUUGUGUCUCUUAUUCAAGAUCAAAUAAUGCAUUUGUUGCAGGCCAAUAUACCUGCUGCGUACUUAAGUGCCAGUAUGGAGUGGAGUGAACAACAGGAGAUCCUUAGAGAAAUUGGUACUGAUUACUGUAGAUACAAGCUACUAUAUGUAACACCAGAGAAAGUUGCAAAAAGUGAUCUUUUGUUGCGACAUCUGGAGGGCUUGAAUUCUCGCCAGUUACUUUCAAGAAUUGUUAUUGAUGAAGCUCAUUGUGUGAGUCAGUGGGGACAUGAUUUUCGACCAGAUUAUCAGAGUCUUUUUAUCUUAAAACAGAAGUUUAAAGAGACUCCAGUGUUAGCUUUGACGGCUACUGCAACUGCCAGUGUAAAAGAAGAUGUUGUGCAAGCUCUUGGGCUUGAGAAUUGUAUUGUUUUUAGGCAAAGUUUUAAUCGCCCAAACUUAUGGUAUUCUGUAAUCCCCAAGACAAAGAAGUGUCUUGACGAUAUUGACAAGUUUAUUAAAGAAAACCAUUUUGAUGAAUGCGGGAUUAUUUAUUGUCUUUCAAGGAUGGAUUGUGAAAAAGUUGCCGAAAAGCUCCAGGAGUGUGGACAUAAAGCAGCAUUUUACCAUGGUAACAUGGAUCCUCCUCAACGUGCCUUUGUUCAGAAGCAGUGGAGCAUAGAUGAAAUCAACAUAAUAUGUGCUACAGUGGCGUUUGGGAUGGGUAUCAACAAACCGUAUGUCCGCUUUGUAAUUCAUCAUUCUCUUCCAAAAUCUAUCGAAGGUUACCAUCAGGAGUGUGGUCGUGCUGGUCGUGAUGGCCAACGUUCUUCAUGUUUGUUGUAUUACAGUUACAGUGAUUAUAUACGAGUCAAACAUAUGAUCAGCCAAUCAGGGAUAGAGCAGAGUCCUGUUACACCUGGAUUUAAUCGUAACAAUAUGGCCAACCCAGGGAGGGUUCUAGAAACAAAUACAGAAAAUCUUCUGCGCAUGGUCAGCUACUGUGAAAAUGGCGUUGAUUGUAGACGUUUCCUGCAGCUUUUGCAUUUUGGAGAAAAAUUUAAUCCCGCUAACUGUAAGAAAACAUGUGAUAAUUGUUCCAAGAAUCAGAGUUUCAUAGAGAAGGAUGUCACUAUGACCGCAAAACAAUUGGUUGAACUGGUGAGGAUGGUCAGGCAGCAGUUUUCAUCAUCUCAUAUUUUGGAAGUCUACCGGGGUUCUUUAAGCCAAUUUGUCAAGAAACACAGACAUAAUAAUUUAAGCCUGCAUGGAGCUGGAAAACAUCUUGAUAAGGGUGAAGCUUCCCGUGUAUUGCGUCAUCUUGUUACUGAAGAUAUUCUCGUGGAGGAUGUUAAGAAAAGCGAUCUUUAUGGAUCUACUUCAUCAAUUUUAAAGGUGAAUGACUCCAAGGCUAGCUCUCUCUUUCUUGGAAGGCAGAAUGUUACGCUAAGAUUCCCUUGUUCUGUAAAAGCAUCUAAACUCAGCAAGUCAUUAGUGACCCCAGCGAAAGGCACACUGUUGCCUGGGAGGACAAGUCCUCCUCGGAUGGACACGCCUGCACAAACUCCUUCUGAAAUGGACUUGAGUCUCUCAGCCAAGCUAUAUUCUGCCUUGCGGAAGCUUCGGACUGUUAUUGUUAAAGAAUCUGUGGACGGGCUCAGUGCACAACAUGUAUUUGGUAAUGCGACCCUGCAGCAAAUAAGCAAGAGAAUUCCUAGAUCGAAGGAUGAGCUACUUGAGAUAACUGGCAUUGGGAAGGCAAAGGUAAGCAAGUAUGGAGAUCGGGUACUGGAAACCAUUGAAUCUACCAUUAGAGAUAACUACAAUAGGGAUAAAAUUAGCAACAGUAGCAAUGAAAGUAAUGAUUCAAUAAAAAGGGGAAGAGAUGCAAAUGGAGAUUUAAACUCAAACAUGGAGGGGGAGGAUGAUUUCACCAAAAGCACCGGUAGAUCAAAGAAAAGGGCAACCAGGAAAGAGAAGAAACGCGAGGAAGUUAAUAACUCUGAGCCAGAUUGUUUCAUCCAAUGCCUGGAUGAUGAUUUAGAUUUUGAUGAUGAUAUAUAUGAAUUGGGUAUACAGGCUGGUCAAAAUGGUGCAGGAAGAGUCCUGCCUUCAUGGUCGGCAAAAGGAAACUAAACUAUCAAGAAUGGUCUCAUAAUGCUUGUGCAUAUCAGGAAGAGCUGGAUGCUGGGUGGUUGCUAUAAGUGAAUUUUUUUGGUUAAUUUGAGGUUACACUGGAUGUGUAACAUUGAUUUUUUUUUAUUUGUAAAGUUUUGUUGUUAUAGGUUUUCUUAAUACUAGAAUGAAGUCGAUAAUAUUGUCUUAGCAGGUGUCAAUUUUGCAUGAUUUGUUUUUUUUUUCCCUGACAAUGAAGUUGAUAAUACUGAACAUGAGUCGAAAAUGAGAAAUUUGUUGGAGUAUUUCCUGUA